CGGACCAACUCCUCCGCACCCCAUAGGCAGAGGCGACCCUCCCCGCGUCUCCGCCUGCUUCGCGCUCGCCCCGCCUCGGCUUACUUUAAAAGUUUCCUCCGUCUGGGACACCGGCAUAGUGAGCCAUGGCUGUCUGCAUCCGGAUGCUGCGUUUCGCGAGGCUUUCCGCCGGGAGUCCGGGGGUGCUAGGGGCCCGCGCCGUCCUCUCUCCGGGUUGGCUGGAAGCGAGGUUGCAGGGCGUCCGUCCCCUCAGUUCCAAAGAGGUAGAACGCACCGCCACCCUGCCCAUCGGAGGCCUCAGCUAUGUCCAGGGCUGCACCAAAUUGCGUCUUAUCAACAAGACCGUUGGGCGUUGCCUGGAUGCCACAGCACAGAAGUUCCCGGACCGAGAGGCUUUGGUCAUCCUCCAUGAAAAUGUCAGGUUGACCUUUGCCCAGCUCAAGGAGGAGGUGGACAAAGCUGCAUCUGGGCUCCUGAGUAUUGGCCUCUGCAAGGGUGACCGGCUGGGCAUGUGGGGGCCCAACUCCUACGCAUGGGUGCUCAUGCAGCUGGCCACAGCCCAAGCGGGCAUCAUUCUGGUGUCUGUGAACCCAGCCUACCAGGCUACAGAGCUGGAGUAUGCCCUCAAGAAGGUGGGCUGCAAAGCCCUCGUUUUCCCGGAGCAAUUCAAGACCCAGCAAUACUACAACAUCCUGAAGCAAAUCUGUCCAGAGGUGGAGAAGGCCCAGCCGGGGGCAUUGAAGAGUCAAAGGCUCCCAGAGCUGACCACAGUCAUCUCGGUGGACACCCCUCUGCCGGGGACACUGCUCCUUGAUGACGUGGUGGCGGCUGGCAGCACAGAGCAGCAUCUGGCCCAGCUCCGAUACACUCAGCAGUUCCUGUCCUGCCAUGACGCCAUCAACAUCCAGUUCACCUCGGGGACGACAGGCAGGCCCAAGGGGGCCACCCUUUCCCACUACAACAUUGUCAACAAUUCCAAUAUGAUAGGGGAGCGCCUGAAACUGCACCUGAAGACGCCAGAACAAUUGCGGAUAAUCCUGCCCACUCCCCUGUACCACUGCCUGGGUUCUGUGGGGGGCACAAUGGUAAGCAUGAUGCACGGUGUCACCCUCAUCCUGUCCUCUCCGAUCUUUGAUGGCAAGAAGGCGCUGGAGGCUGUCAGCAGAGAGAGAGGCAUCUUCCUGUAUGGCACCCCCACAAUGUUUGUGGAUAUUUUGAACCAGCCAGACUUCUUCAAUUACGACGUCUCAACCCUGUGUGGAGGUGUGAUUGCCGGGUCCCCGGCACCCCCAGAGCUGAUCCGAGCCAUCAUCAACAAGCUGAACAUGAAGGAAAUGGUGGUUGCUUAUGGAACGACAGAGAACAGUCCUGUGACCUUCAUGAACUUUCCUGAGGACACUGUGGAGCAGAAGGCAGAAAGUGUGGGCAGAAUUGUGCCUCACACAGAGGCCCAGAUCAUGAACAUGGAGACGGGGAAACUGGCAGAGCUGAAUACACCCGGAGAGCUGUGGAUCCGAGGGUACUGUGUCAUGCUGGGCUACUGGAAUGAGCCCCAGAAGACUAAGGAAGUAAUUGGACAGGACAAGUGGUAUCGGACAGGAGACAUCGCCAUGAUGGAUGAGCAGGGCUUCUGCAAAAUUGUGGGCCGCUCCACGGAUAUGAUCAUCCGGGGUGGUGAGAAUAUUUACCCCGCAGAACUUGAGGACUUCUUUCACACGCACCCGCAAGUGCAAGAAGUGCAGGUGGUGGGAGUGAAGGACGAGCGGAUGGGGGAGGAAGUUUGUGCCUGCAUUCGGCUGAAGAAGGGGGAAGAGACCACACCUGAGGAAAUCAAGGCUUUCUGCAAAGGGAAGAUCUCCCACUUCAAGAUUCCCCGAUAUGUCGUGUUUGUCACCAACUACCCCCUCACCAUCUCAGGAAAGAUCCAGAAAUACAAACUUCGAGAGCAGAUGGAACGACAUCUAAACCUGUGAAUAAAGAGGAGGGGGAACCUCCCAGGCCCUCCCUGCCCUUCCCCCACAUUGCCCAGUCUGUCUUUGUGAUUUGGCAUAAAGAACUUCUCUGUUUUC